UCUUUAAUUCUGGCUUUUAGCUCCACUAUUACGACGGCUGGAACAUGUUUUUGUUUUAUACAUAUUUUUACAAAAAGUAAUUAGAAGUAAAAGUUGAGAACAUCUUCCACUUCCACCGCCUCCGUCCCUCCCUCCACACCGCUGUAUCCUCGCCAUCUAGCGGCAGAAAGCGCGCUCCCUUCCGGCGUCACGCGGCUCCGGGGUCCUUCCGUCCCGCCGCUGUUAAAAGCUGAAAGUUCCCUUUCAAUUCGGAUACAAAGAAGCGCGGGGCUGUCUUUAACAGCACCACCAUUAGCACGCUCCCUUGCCGGAGAGAUGCGGCGGAAAGAGAAAAGACUGUUGCAGUUCGCCGGGAUCCUCAUCGCGGCUCUGCUCUUCCUCCCUAACGUCGGCUUGUGGUCUUUGUACCGGGACCGGGUGUUCGACAGUCCGCCGGACACGUUAGACGCAGCGGGCGCUGUACCCCAGAUUCAGGGUUUGAAUCGACUACGGAAAGACAAUCAAAACGGACGCGAUAGCGUUUCGAGGAAAGACUGGCAUAACUACGAAGCAAUCAAAAGCGAUGCCGCCCGAUCCGGAAAUGGUGAACAAGGGAAAGCAUUCCCGCUCACGGACGCCGACCGGGUGGACCAGGCCUACCGGGAGAACGGCUUCAACAUUUACGUGAGCGACAGGAUCUCCCUGAACCGCUCCAUCCCUGACAUACGCCAUCCGAAUUGUAAACAGAAGCUGUACGCCGAGAAGCUGCCCAACACUAGCGUCAUCAUCCCGUUCCAUAACGAGGGCUGGUCCUCUUUGUUGAGGACGGUCCACAGCGUCCUCAACCGCUCUCCUCCACAGCUCAUCGCCGAGGUCCUCCUGGUGGACGACUUCAGCGACAAAGAGCACCUUAAGACGGCGCUGGAGGAGUACAUGGUCCGGUUGCCCAAGGUCCACAUCCUGAGAACCAAUAAGAGGGAGGGUCUGAUCAGGACUCGGCUGCUGGGGGCGGCCGCCGCCAAGGGGGAGGUCAUCACCUUCCUGGACUCGCACUGUGAGGCCAACGUCAACUGGCUUCCUCCGCUACUCGACCGAAUCGCCCAGAACAGAAAGACCAUCGUCUGCCCGAUGAUCGAUGUUAUCGACCACGACAACUUCGGCUAUGAGACGCAGGCGGGCGACGCCAUGCGUGGCGCCUUCGACUGGGAAAUGUACUACAAACGCAUCCCCAUCCCCCAGGAGCUGACAAAGGGCGACCCCAGCGAGCCCUUCGAGUCUCCAGUGAUGGCGGGAGGGCUGUUUGCCGUAGACAGACGCUGGUUCUGGGAGCUCGGCGGGUAUGACACAGGUCUGGAGAUCUGGGGAGGAGAACAGUAUGAGAUCUCCUUUAAGGUGUGGAUGUGUGGCGGUCGGAUGGAGGACAUCCCAUGCUCCCGGGUGGGACACAUCUACAGGAAAUAUGUUCCUUACAAAGUGCCUGGAGGAGUCAGUCUGGCUCGGAACCUGAAGCGCGUGGCGGAGGUGUGGAUGGACGAGUACGCCGAAUACAUCUACAAGCGUCGACCCGAGUACCGCCACCUGGCUGCGGGCGACAUGACGGCGCAGAAGAAGCUGCGGAGCCAACUCAACUGCAAGAGCUUCAAGUGGUUCAUGAAUGAGGUGGCCUGGGAUCUGGCCAAACACUACCCGCCGGUGGAGCCCCCUGCCGCCGCCUGGGGAGUGGUACGAAACUUGGGCAACAGCAUGUGCAUGGAGACAAAACAUUUUGUGUCGGGAAGUCCCAUACGUCUGGAAAACUGUGCCACGGCGCUGGGUGAGGUGAGCUGGAGCAACGGACAAGUGUUCACAUUCGGGUGGCGGGAGGACAUCCGCGUGGGCGACCCUUUGCACACAAAGAAGGUUUGCUUUGACGCCGUCUCCAACAACAGCCCUGUCACGCUGUACGACUGUCACGGCAUGAAGGGCAACCAGCUGUGGUGCUACCGAAAGGACAAGAGCUUGUAUCACCCCGUUAGCAACAGCUGCAUCGACAGCAACGCCAGCGAGCGCCGCGUCUUCAUGAACACGUGCGACCCCGCCUCCACCAGCCAGCGGUGGCAAUUCGACAAAACCAACGAGGACGUGCUGGAGGGCUUCAACCGCCAGGCGGCCGACUGAGCUGCUACCCGUCUGCCGGGGGAGUUUGACUGAUGGGGGCUUUGGUCCCCGAAUGUGCCGACAUUCCUGCCUCCUAUUUCCAGGACUCUUAUUUGCAGCCACUCCUCGCCGCCGGGUUCCUGAUUUGAACAGCUCCGGUUUAUCUCCAUGUCUUCCACCUCACAAAUCCUCUAUGUUUCGCCGCCUUCGACAACACAAUCCUGCCAUGGGGCUCGGGGGCGGGCGGCGUCUCCGGGUGGUGGUGUCGCCUGUUCUUCCUGGCUGAGCCUAAGUGCUUGUGACACCUGGGUGAAGCCAGGCAGAACCAUUCGAAAAAUCCCCGGGAGGAUUGAUAUACCCCCACCCUCUCCCACCACCCUCCUGCCUUCGCCUGCAACUUGAUAUAAUCUGCUGUCUGUCAAUUUCCUUUCCUCCUGUCUGUUUUUAACUUUGGAAAAUGUACUUUUUCCAGCUGCUAUCGCCUCCUUUACGGUCUAUUUUGCUGCUGCCCUCCUGGCUGGAUGGACGGAUGAACGCGGGGGGCUCGUUAUGGGCGGCGGCGUCCACCCAGCUGACAUCACUUUUAGCAUAGAGCGCCAGCAUGGGGGCCCUUACUCCAGGACUAGAGGCGGCGCCCACAAUGUGGCUCCCCCGGGGGGAGGUCGGGGUCCCGUAGCAACUUUUAUGCACUUGUAAAACACUUGAAUGAAAUCUUAGUGCCUUGUUGAAAAUGUUAGGAGUGUGUUUGUUUAUCUGUGUGUGUGUGUUUGUGUGUUGGACAAAUACCCGGAUGAUUCGAGUCAGUUGAAACUGAUUGGACCGUGACCCUGGCAAGGCACCCCAAAGGCCCCCGCCCACUUCCAAGCGAAAUGAGUGAGUAAAACUACUUUAAUAGUAGCCACAACCUUUAUUUUGAAGGGAUGUCGUGUUUGAUUUAUCGCCCCUACUUGUUCAGUCCUAAGUCUGUUUAUCCUCCUGAGAACCAGCGUCCUCUAGAGCAGUGGUCCCCAAAGGUCGUGGCCCAAUUUGUACCGGGCCGCAGAAUAAUUUUUUAUUCAUUUUUAUUUAAAAAUAAAUGAAGAUAUAUAUUUUUUAUUUUUUAUUAAAUCAACAUAAAAAACACAAUGUACACUUACAAUUAGUGCACCAACCACAAAAACUUCCCUUUUUCAUGACAAAAAUGUCCCUUUUUCAUGACAAAGGGAAAAAAAAAAAAAAAAAAAAAGGAUCCCUCCCCACCCCGGGCCGCGGGACAAAUUAUUAAGCGUGGACCGGUCCGCGGAUACAAAAAGGUUGGGGACCACUGCUCUAGAGCAGUGUUUUUCAACCUUUUCUGAACAUAGGCACUUGUUUUUUUCAUUGAAAAAAUUCUGAGGCACACCGCCAGCAGAAAACAUUAAAAAAAAAAAAAAAAAUGAAACCGAUUUUAACAAUAAAAAAAACGAUAUUGACAAUAAAAAUUCGUUCUCGCAAUCGUCGGAAAUAAAUUCAAACCAUAACCAACCAUGCAUCACUACAGCUCGGGGGUCUUUAGCACCGCCCUUGUGGCUCUCUGGAGCUUUUUCAAAAAUGUAUGAAAAAUGGAAAAAGAUGAGGGGGGAAAAAUAUAAAAAACAUAUUUUUUGUUUUAAUACGUUUUUUGUUGGACAAACAUGACACAAACCUCCCUAAAUGUUAUAAAGCACACUGUUUUUAUAAAAAAUGCUUCACUGAUCGAGUAUUUGGCGAGUGCCGUUUUGUCCUACUAAUUUUGGCGGUCCUUGAAUUCACCGUAGUUUGUUUACAUGUAUAACUUUCUCCGACUCUCUAAGACGUGUUUUAUGCUACUUCUUUUUUUGUGUCAUUGUGUCCACCAAACUUUUUAACGUUGUGCAUGAAUGCACAAAGGUGAGUUUUGUUGAUUGACUUGUGUGGAGUGAUAAUCAUUCAUAUUCGGUCACUGCAUGACUGCAAGCUAAUUGAUGCUAACAUGCUUUUUAGACUGGCUAUAUGUACAUAUUGCAUCAUUAUGCUUUAUUGUAGGUAUAUUUCCUUUAAGUCCUCUUAAUUCAAUUCAUAUCUCAUGACACAUUAUCUGUAUGUAAUAGGGGUGUGGGAAAAAUCAAUUCGAAUAUGAAUCGCGAUUCUCACGUGCGAUUCAGAAUCUAUUCUCUUUUUUUUUUUAAAUCAAUAUUUUUAUUUUUAUUUAAUUUUUUAUCAAUCCAACAAAACACUACACAGCAAUACCAUAACAAUGCAAUCCAAUUCCAAAACCAAACCCGACCCAGCAACACUCAGAACUGCAAUUGAAAGGAGACACAAACACGACACAGAACAAACCAAAAGUAGUGAAACAAAAAUAAAUAUUAUCAACAACAGUAUCAAUAUUAGUUAUAAUUUUAGCAUAGCAGUGAUUAAAAAUCCCUCAUUGACAUUAUCAUUGGACAUUUAUAAAAAUAAAACAAUAGUGUCAGAGUGGCUUACACUUGCAUCGCAUCUCAUAAGCUUGACAACACACUGUGUCCAAUGUUUUCAAAAAGAUAAAAUAAGUCGUAUUUUUGGUUCGUUUAAUAGUUAAAACUAAUUUACAUUAUUGCAAUCAGUUGAUGAAACAUUGUCCUUUACAAUUAUAAAAGUUUUUUUUUAAAAUCUACUACUCUGCUUGCAUGUCAGCAGACUGGGGUAGAUCCUGCUGAAAUCCUAUGUAUUGAAUGAAUACAGAAUCCUUUUGAAUCGGAAAAAUAUCCUUUUUGAAUCGAAAAUCGCGUUGAAUCGAAAAAAUCGAUAUAUAAUCGAAUCGCGACCCCAAGAAUCGAUAUUGUUUGAAAUCGUGGGACACCCAAAGAUUAGUAUGCAAUAUGGCUUUUAUUUUUUUGCGGCUCCAGACAUGUUUAUUGUAUUUUUGGUCCAAAAUGGCCCUUUUAAAAAUUGUAGGCUGCUGACCCCUGCUAUACUGUAGCUCUUGUCUCAAAGUAUGUCUCAUUUCAUAUUUUUAGUGUUUUCCUGUGCGUAGUGUUUUAGAUUUUGUCUUGCGCUGCAAUUCUGGUGGCUUUUCCUCUUUUGUUGGUAUUUUCCUGGAGCAGUUCCAUGUCUUCCUUGAGCGCUAUUCCCCCGCAGCUGCUUUGUUUUAGCAAUCAAGACUAUUUAAGAUGUGCGGAUGCUAUCCUUUUUUGUGGGGACAUUGUUGAUUGUCAUGUCACGUACGGAUGUACUUUGUGGACGCCGUCUGCUCAACACGCUGUAAGUCUUUGCUGUCGUCCAGCAUUCUUUUUUUGUUUACUUUGCAGACAGUUCAGUUUUAGCUUCGUUUUGCAUAGCCAUCCCUAAACUUCAAUGUGUUUUCUUAGCGGCACUCGCCUUUUGUUUGUUUUUGGUUUAAGUUUCAGAUACCUUUUUACUGACACGGCGCCUCCCACAUAUUGUGAUCACAACAAACCAUCUUCCCGACACCUACAAAGCAAUUAGCUACCUGCUGCCACCUACUGAUAUGGAAGAGCUCUAGACAGCACAGACACUCAACGACGGCACAUUUGCAGAUUAUAAUUACUGGUUUGCAAAAAAUAUUUUUAACCCAAUUUGGUUGAAAUAUCAUAAUCUCCAACGGCACGCUAGGCACAGUGGUUGAAAAACACUGCUCUAGAGUAGACAUUUGUAACUCCCGUUUUCCCUUUUGUCAGUUAAGUUAAUCCCAGUAUAGUUUAGUUUUAUUUUUUUCUUGUUCAGAGUCGUGUAUAAAGAGAGUACGGCCAACCCGGUUCCAGGCGAUCUCCCCAAUGAUUGGUCAAAAGUCACUCGCCUGACUUCAGGGCGCCAUGACUGCUGCUAACAUUGAGCUGAUGCUAUGUGUCCGCGGUGCUUCCUCGAUGACUUCCUCCUUGUGCUAAUGCAAAUAAUAGCAGAAGAAAUAUAAGAGGGCUUCACGGUGGCAGAGGGGUUAGUGCGUCUGCCUCACAAUACGAAGGUCCUGCAGUCCUGGGUUCAAAUCCAGGCUCGGGAUCUUUCUGUGUGGAGUUUGCAUGUUCUCCCCGUGAAUGCGUGGGUUCCCUCCGGGUACUCCGGCUUCCUCCCACUUCCAAAGACAUGCACCUGGGGAUAGGUGUAUUGGCAACACUAAAUUGGCCCUAGUGUGUGAAUGUGAGUGUGAAUGUUGUCUGUCUAUCUGUGUUGGCCCUGCGAUGAGGUGGCGACUUGUCCAGGGUGUACCCCGCCUUCCGCCCGAUUGUAGCUGAGAUAGGCGCCAGCGCCCCCCGCGACCCCAAAAUGGAAUAAGCGGUAGUAAAUGGAUGGAUGGAAAUAUAAGAGAUGGUUUGACGAAAACAGACGUAUUUCCUUGAAUUGGCGCUAAUUAAUUUAAAACCUCUUCUCACUCUUACGCUUACCAAAGGCAUGGGGUAAAAGUAAGCAUGCGCUAAAUAUUUUAAAACCUCUUCUCACUCCAGCACUUACCAAAGGUAUGCAGUAAAAAUUUGAGUGUGAUGUAAGAUUGGACCUUAAAUCCUACUGAAUAGCUCUUAAUCUUCUUCCAUUUAUGCGAUUUCAAAUUACCGGUAUUGAAAUUAGCUUCCUCCAUUUUGAAAAUGAUGAAAGGGGAAGUGUCACUUGGACGUCACGAGUUUGACCAGGCGGUAAUACUAAGCAUGCGCUAAUUAUUUUGGGAAGCGAGUUUGACCCGGCAAUUCAAGGAAAUACGGUAUCUUUGAAUCUGAGUAAAACUAAAACAAUGCUAUUUGGUAACAGUGUGGAAGAUAAAGUCAAACUCAAAUACACGGAGUAGACAUUGAAAGAGUAAAAGAAAUAAUAGAUGAGUAAUUUGAACUGGAAAUCUCAUUAAAAAUAUACAACGUAAAGUGGCAAGAAAUACAUCAAAAAUCCAUCCAUCCAUCCAUUUUCUACUGCUUGUCUGAAUUAAGCACAAAUCCUUCCAUAUUUUCUACUGCUCACCAGUGUUACCAUAUCCGAGUUAUUGUGCAGAAAUGUGGGUAAAUAAGUACAAAAGUACACCUAUUCACUUAAAAAGUUAAAGUUAAAAUACCAAUGAUUGUCAGACAGACACAAGGUUUGGUGAUAUUAACCUCUGCAUUUGACCCAUCCCCUUGUUCCACCCCCUGGGAGGUGAGGAGAGCAGUGAGCAGCAGCAUGUAGCCGCGCCCGGGAAUCAUUUUUGCUACAAAAAAAGAAAGAUCAGUCAUAAUCAAUUUUCGCUCCAACUUUUCACAUGUGUGAGCAGACGCCGAAACUCUUUGAGCAUUCAGUGAAUGUGAAUGACGGCAGACGUGCACACUGUUAUGCGCUUAUCUUUUUAUUCCAUUUUGUGCGCGUCCUAGAUUUGCCGUGCGCAGAGGACCCGUGAGCAGUGUGCAAUUGCACAGGCGCGUACCUUAGAGGGAAUGUCGGUCGUAAUAUUACACAAUGUGUGAUACAUGCAGUGAUUACAAAUACACCACAGUUGACAUACUUUACACAAAUGUCACAAUUUUCCUGGGAUUGUUGGUCCAAAGCUAAUGAAGAUUUUGACACAUUGAGGUUAAUAUCGGGUUGCGUGUGAGAGUGCACAAAACACUGCAGGAGUGUAACAGCAGAGUGUUUGGCAUCAAAUUAGACUUUCACAAGGUAAAAGCGUGUUUUAUUGUACGUUUAUCAGCUGGAGUACUGUAUGUUUAUAACUAUAUUUACAUGUCAUAUUUAGUUUUACUUCGUGAAAAUGAGCAACGUCAAAAUGACAGCAGUUGCACGUCCUUGGUAGCAAACAUGGCGUCUCUUGUGUAGUUGGCCAUACUCUAUACACGGCUCUGCCUUUGUUGGGCGCCAAAAAAUAUAUUUCUCUACCGUGGUCCGCAUUGGGCGCAUCAAUACUCAGUUGACAAUUUAAAAUAAACGGAAAAAGUCUGGCGCUAAAGUCAUACAGAAGUUUCCUUAAAGGCCUACUGAAACCCACUACUACCGACCACGCAGUCUGAUAAUUUAUAUAUCAAUGAUGAAAUAUUAACAUUGCAACACAUGCCAAUACGGCAUUUUUAGUUUACUAAAUUGCAAUUAAAAAUUUCCCGGGAGUUUCGUCUUGGAAACGUUGUGUAAUGAUGACGUGUACGCAGGACGUCACGCGUUUUUAGGAAGUAUGAGCGCUACGCACACACACACACAGGUAAAAGUCGUCUGCUUUAACCGCAUAAUUACACAGUAUUUUGGAGAUCUGUGUUGCUGAAUCUUUUGCAAUUUGUUCAGUUAAUAUUGGAGAAGUCACAGUAGAAAGAUGGCUUUGGGAAGCUUUAGCCUUUAGCCACACAAACACACGGUGAUUCCUUGUUUAAAAUUCCCGGAGGUGAAACUUUACUAUGGAUCAGAGCGCGGUCAAGCUGACAUGGAUCCCAACAGAAUGUCAACCAGCAGGUUUCGGUGAGAAAAUUGUGGUUAAAAAGUCGCCACUUUCCGGAUAUCAGCUGAGCUUGUGUCGUCCGUACAGCUACCGUCGACUCCCCUGAGACAUUGGCGUCAACACACCCGUGGAAAAACCCCUCCGACUAUCAGUUACUGUUAAACUCACUAAAACACUAGCAACACAAUAGAAAGAUAAGGGAUUUCCCAGAAUUAUCCUAGUAAAUGUGUUUAAAAACAUCGGAAUACAUCCCAAUGCUAUCGCGUUUUUUUUUCUAGUCCGUCGCUGUCAAUAUCCUCAAACACAAAUCUUUCAUCCUCGCUCAAAUUAAUGGGGAAAUUGUCGUUUUCUCGGUCCGAAUAGCUGUUUUGUUGGAGGCUCCCAUUAAAAUCAAUGUUAAUAUGUGAUGAGCCCUCAACAUGUGACGUCAUCGUCACAAAGGCGAGGCUUUUUCAGGAAGUACCAAAAGUGGCGAACUUUAUCGUCGAUUUUCUCUACUAAAUCCUUUCAGCAAAAAUAUGGCAAUAUCGUGAAAUGAUCAAGUAUGACACAUAGAAUGGACCUGCUAUUCCCGUUUAAAUAAGAAAAUCUCAUUUCAGUAGGCCUUUAAGUGCAAAAAUGAUGACUAAAAUGGUGAAGCUAUCUUUUCAUUUGCUCUUUAACUUUAUUGACGGUUUAGUUAAGAAACAGUCAUUAAUAAUUUGGUUUAUAUAUUUUAGCACAACAUAAUUGUACAUCAAAGAUUUGUGUCUCUUCGAAUGCGGCAUAUUUGUUUAGUUCUUAUUGUUCUUAUGAGUCUGACCUAAGCCAAAGGUUUAUGUGUUAAAUAAAUAAUAAACUUUGUGAUUAAACUGUAAGUAGGCUACAUAUAAUUAUUGAAUACGAUUAAAAUCAAGAGUAAGAUUACUAAUUCAGUGUUUAUAUUUGAGUGGGCCACAGGCCCCUUUGUAGUAGAAACGUUGGGCUUUGAGGUCAACAAGGUUAAGAACCCCUGUUUUAGGCUGUGGAUGACGGUUGAAACAUGUAAAGGUAAAAAAAAUAAAAAAACUCCAUGUAUCCAAAAGAAAAGUUGCAGAAAGUUCCAGUUCUCAGGAGGAUAUAAUCAAGGGAACUUUUUUUUAGGUAUAAUUCUGUCUUAUUUUAGUCCUGUGGUUCUUCUCGUGAUCCUUAAAUGUGACAUUUUUAUUUUUGUUUCUUUUUAAUAUCUUCAUAUGCACUUUUGGGUGCGUGUCAUCCCAUACUAGGAGUAAUCUUCGAUGGAAACUCCAAACAUUUGUUUUAUUUAGUCCAUGUUCAACUGGUGCUAAUUCUAGAGAGGGUUAAAUGAAAAUGUUCAGGCCGCCUGGAACAUGUAAAUCAUCUAAAGUACAAUCAAAGUUUUUUUUAUUGUGCCCCUGUUUUGUUUAAAAAAAAAAAAAUCUAAUCAGUGCUACCGUAGGAAAAAUAAGAAUGAAUCCUAUUCUUGUGUUUAUGUCAUGUGACCAAUCCACGUGUAGCCAAUGUUGUUUUGUACGUAAAUGAAAAAUCUCCAUUGUCAUUUUCUACUGACGUUACAAGUGUAAACGGUUAUUUAGAUAUUUAACAAAGUGUACAAUGAAGCUGGAAUUGUAUGAUAUUUUUUGCCGAGAAUUAUAACAAAAGAAAAUAAAGGUUUCUAUAUUUGGAUGAAAAUCGUACACAAA